AUGAGACGAGCUGCGCCUCGCUCGGGACUCCACCGCACGGGUGAUGGAGAGCUCCAGGAGCCGGGGCCCCGCCGGCGCGGGCUGCUGCUGCUGCUGCUGCUGCUGCUGCCGCCUGGGAUCCCCGGCGCCCCCGGGGCUCUUCCGCCGCGGCCCGAGAGCCCCAGCUCGUGGUUCCCGUGGGUGCCGCCACCCGCGUCUCUGACCCUGCGGGACUGGAGUCUUCAGCUGACGGGGGAGGCGGGCCCCUCGCGGGCCCCCGGGCGCCGCCCCCAGACCGAGCCCCGGCCGCGGGGCCCCGCCCCGAGCGCCGGACCCCAAAGGCGCCUGGUGGUGGCGGACGACGCGGCGUUCCGGGAGCGCGCCCGCCUGCUGGCCGCCCUGGAGCGGCGCCGCUGGCUCAACUCGUACAUGCACAAGCUCCUGGUGGUCAGCGACGCGGCCGCCGACUGAGGCUCCCCGCCCCCCCUCAAUAAAAGUG